GGGACGCUUCUUCAACAACAACGGCGAGUUAUCCACCUCUGUAGCUUUUAGCCAACAUAGCCGAAAACAUUCAAGCUCUUUAUAAGCUUUCGGUGUAUAUUAGCCACUGUGUUUUAAACACACUUGUCGUAUCUACUAGUUAGUUACCCAAUUUAAUAUUUACGUUGUUGUUAGUCAGCUAGCUGGCUGAGUAUAUUAGCAGUAGUGCUAGUCUAGUCACUAAUGCUAACUAGUUAUCUAGCUAACAUACCAACCAUGAGCUCACUAAACGACGCCACCACUUCCAAAGAGGGGAUCUGCUGGAUGGAGAAAGAAACUCUGGGGCUGAACAUUGUCGUGAAAGAGGAGAAGGAAGAAGAGGAUGUCACAGUAAAACAAGAAGCAGAGGGUGAGGCUGUUACAGUGAAAGAAGAAGAGAAAGAAGUGAAAUUGACAGAAGAUGAAGAAGCUUUCAGAGUGAAAGAGGAGGAUGUUACAGUAAAAGAGGAGGAAGAGAAAGAGGAGGUGACUGUCACAAUGAAAGAAGAGGAAGACAUUUUUGGAAUGAAGGAAGUGGGGGAGAUUACUGUCACAUUGGAAGAAGAAGAAGAAGAGGAGACAGGAGAUCUGAUUAACAACCGGGAGAGACCAGACUCUCAAUCUGACAGCAGAAAGAGUCCUUCAGGGGAACCAGACACUGAGACGCCCAAGCCAGCGAUGCGACACCACUGCUUCCAGUGUAAUAUGAGUUUUAAGUGGUUAUGGAAGCUGAAAGAGCAUGAAAGGAAACACACAGGAGAAAAGCCCUUCCAAUGCUCCCAGUGUGGAAAUAGAUUCUCACGAGCACAUGACCUAAAAUCACAUGAGAGGACACACACAGGGGAAAAACCACACAAUUGUUCCCAGUGUGGAAAGCUUUUUUCCCAUUUAGGGAACCUGAACAAACAUAAGAGAAUACACUCUGGAGAGAAGCCUUACUCCUGUUCCCAUUGUGGAAAGAAUUUUAGGUCUUCAGAUAACCUGAAAGCGCAUGAAAGGACACACACAGGGGAGAAACCUUACCAUUGCACUCUAUGUGGGAAGGAUUUUACCAAGUUAAGGAACCUAAAAGAGCAUGAGAGGAAACACACAGGAGAAAAGCCUUACGAAUGCUCCCAGUGUGGAAAGAGUUUUUCCCAUAUAGGGAACCUGAACAAACAUAAGAGAAUACACUCUGGAGAGAAGCCUUACCCCUGUUCCCAUUGUGGAAAGAAUUUUAGGUCUUCAGAUAACCUGAAAGCGCAUGAAAGGACACACACAGGGGAGAAACCUUACCAUUGUGCCCUGUGUGGAAAGGAUUUUACCAAGUUAGGGAACCUAAAAGAGCAUGAGAGGAAACACACAGGAGAAAAGCCUUACCACUGCUCCCAGUGUGGAGAGAGAUUUUCAAGAUCACCAAACCUUAAAACGCACGAGAGGACACACGCAGGAGAAAAGCCUUACCACUGCUCCAAUUGUGGAAAGAGAUUUUCAACAUCAUCUGACCUAAAAAAGCACCAGAGGACACACACAAGGGAGAAAUCGUACCAUUGCUCUCAAUGUGGAAAUAGUUUUUUACGAUCACAUGACCUAAAAUCGCACGAGCUGACACACACAGGAGAAAAACCACAUAGUUGCUCCCAGUGUGGAAAGUGUUUUUUGUAUUUAGGGAACCUGAACAAACAUAAGAAAAUACACACUGGAGAGAAGCCUUACCCCUGUUCCCACUGUGGAAAAUUCUUUAGGUCGUUAGAUAACAUGAAGGAGCAUGAGAGGACACACACAGGGGAGAAGCUUUACCAUUGUGCCCUGUGUGGAAAGAGAUAUUCACGAUCGCAUGACCUAAAAUUACAUAAAAGGAAACACACAGGAGAAGAAAACAUACAAUUACACACACAGGGGAUAAACCACACAAUUGGUCCCAGUGGGGAAUUUUUUUUACGCAGUUAGAGAACCUCUUCCCAUUGUGGAACUAUAUUUUCCCGAUCACAUUACCUAAAUUCACAUAAUCAAACCAAGCUAUAUUUAUACAUUUUAUACAUUUCAGUAAUGGAAUGCAACACAAUGGGCUUCACAGGAAAAAACUAUGAAAACAAAAACUGAAAUAUUUACUACACAACAAACAUAAGAGGAUAAAAAACGAAAGAUUGACUGGUCUAGUCAGUACCCGUGCUGCAACAUUCUGUAUGUUUUGCAGUUGACCAAUGGCUUUCUUGGGUAGAUCAGACAGGAGAGCAUUACAGUAGUCAAGCCUGCUUGUAAUAAAAGCAUGGAUGAAUCUCUCUGUAUCAGCCUAAGAAAGAAAUGGCCGCACCUUGGCAAUGUUCCUCAGGUGGUAAAAAGCUAUAUUUGUCACAUUCCUAAUGUGUGAUUCGAAAUUGCUGCAGCAUUCUCUAUGACGACUAGCUUGUUUAAGUCUCCAUGUAUAUCGCAAUAGGUCAGGGAUUUAUAGUCUCUAAAUAUCCACUAUUUCUAAGGAGUUCAUAAUAUUUGUGAUCUUCGUAACGGCACGGGGAUGAUAGUUUGUAGAGUGAUUUCCUUUACGGUCAAUUGAGGUACUUAACACUGUGUUAUAGUGUCCCACCAUAAUGAUUGGAUCGUUUGUUGCCUGUAAGUUCAAUAAAUUGGUAUAAAUAUUUUUGAAGAAGUAUGGAUCAUCCUGAUUUGGACCAUAUAGAUUAAUGAGCCAAAUCUCUUUUUUUCAUCCACUUUCAUAUUCAAAAGGAGCCACCUUCCUUGCGAAUCAUUCUUGACUGUUUACACAUUCGGAUCGACAUUUUUGAUAAUUAAUAUCAUCACACCUUUUGAGUUCCUUUGUCCAUGACAGAACAUUUUUUCACCACCCCGUUUCUUUUGCCACGCAACUUCAUCUCAGGAUGUAGAUUGAGUUUCCUGUAAAUAGUAUAUGUUAUAUUCCUUUUCUUUCAGCCAUGUAAAGACUGAUCUUUUCCUAUAAUCUCUUAAGCCGUUACAGUUAUAACUGGCUAUACUUAUUGUAGCCCUUACUGUAACUAUAUACUAUACUCAGUCUAAAUGGACCAUAAUUAGUGCUUGUAAAGUUACUGCCAUAAAGGGUAUUAUGAUGGUCAAAAAUAGAGAUUUCAAAUGUCUGAUGUUUAGAAGUCAAGAAACAGGUUCGAGCAACAUUUGUUUGGUUUUGUUUGCCUGUGCCACAGAUGUUAGAAAAUUGAGUCAAGAUAUUAUGUGUGUAGUAGAUUUGUGUAGGUUGAUGUGUAUGAUACUGGAUGUGAUUUAGUGAGAGUGUGUACGAUGUCUGGAUUAGAGUAAGACUAUAAUGUGUGAUGUCUAAAUAAAGAAUAACCCAGCCAGUUUGCAGGGUUGAGUGUCUGUGUGUGUAACAUGGAGUGUAGCCUUAAUAUUCAGGAUGAUGAUUGUAAUCCGUAUCAACAUCAUAGUUACAUUAAACUUCAUUUUCAUAGAAAAACA